AUCCGGUAACUUCCUCGCUCUUCUGUACUCCUAAUAACUCCGAUGAUUUUUCGGGUCUUUUGAUCGGCAGUAGAACGUUAUUUCCCGAUGCCUUUCUUCCUUCUGUUGUAUUAUACUUUCCUAAUAAUCUGUGAUGAAUUUUCGAAGCUUCGGGAGGGACAUAAUUCUCUAAACUGUUAGAAAAGAAAAGGAACAGACUACGCAUGGUCGCUUGAAAUUCGUGUUAAAUCGCCAAAUGAAAAAGUACCAAAAGUACCUUGAAUGUGAAUUAAACUCUAUAUCGUGAAAUAAAAUCAAACAAAAUGCCGCAAAUCUUUCAGAACACAGUGUAACAGGGAUUUUCACACAUAAUCAACCUAAAUUGCUUGAUACAACAUGCAUAAAAAUGCGAUGAAUUCUUUUUGUAUUAAGAUUAGUUGUAUUCGUAAUGCAAAACUUUUCAAGCCGCAGAGGAAGUGGACAUGUCCUUCAAGCAGGUGUUUUUCUGCACAAGCGACGUCUGACGUAGAGUACAAUGUGCCGGUUGAGUCUAUUCGUAAUUUUAGUAUAGUCGCACACGUGGACCAUGGUAAAAGUACGUUAGCGGAUAGACUGCUGGAAUUAACAGGAGCUAUAAAGGCAAACUCUGGCAAGCAGGUCUUGGAUAAUCUCCAGGUAGAGAAGGAACGUGGGAUCACUGUGAAAGCACAGACUGCUUCACUGUUUUAUUCAUAUCGAGGCAAAAGAUACUUGCUGAAUCUCAUUGACACGCCCGGCCAUGUGGACUUCUCGGCGGAGGUUCAUCGAUCGCUGACUCCUUGUCAAGGGGUUAUACUACUGGUCGAUGCUAACGACGGUGUUCAGGCACAAACAGUGGCUAAUUACUAUCUAGCACGAGCAAAAAAUCUUGUAAUAAUACCAGUGAUUAAUAAAGUGGAUUUGAAGAAUGCCAAACCCGAGAGGGUCAAGGAGCAGCUGCAAACGUUACUUGAUGUAAAUCACGUCGAUGUUAUUAAAAUAUCUGCCAAACUAGGCACUGGAAUCGACAAAGUUUUGAAUGCUGUAGUUGAAAGAAUUCCACCACCUACUGUAGAUAGAGAUAAAUUUUUUCGAGCAUUGAUAUUUGACAGCUGGUAUGACAAGUACAAAGGGGCGAUUUCUUUAAUUUAUGUGAAAGAUGGAGUGUUGUCAGUUGGCAAUCAAAUUAGUUCCAUAUAUAUGAGAAAGUCAUACGAAGUUAGAAAUAUUUUUCUUCUCAGACCUCAUGCAGAAAAUGUGAAGACAAUAUUUGCUGGACAAGUAGGCGCCAUUGCAUGCAACAUGAAAUCUAAAGAGACUCACAUUGGCGACACUUUACAUCUGCGACAUCAGCCUACUGAUUCCUUAGAGGGAUUUCAACCACCAAAGCCAAUGGUAUUUGCAGGAAUAUAUCCCAUGGAUCAAUCACAAUUCAUCUCUUUGCAAGCAGCUAUCGACAAGCUUGCUUUAAAUGAUAGUGCUAUAAAAGCUGUUUUAGAAUCAAGCGUUGCACUUGGAAGAGGCUGGCGAAUUGGCUUUCUAGGCUUAUUACAUAUGGAAGUCUUUACCCAACGUCUUGAACAAGAAUACGGAGCGCAGCCAGUAGUCACGGCACCCGCAGUAACAUAUAAAGCAAAAAUUUUUGGCAGUAAAAAUAUAAAGAAAUACCAAGGAGACACAGUAAUCUUUAAUAAUCCAGCAAAUUUUCCAGAUCCCCAGAUUGUCAAUGAAUUUUAUGAGCCUAUGAUUACGGCCACAAUUAUUACGCCAGAUACAUAUAUAAAAGAAAUUAUGUCCCUUUGCCGGGAAAAACGAGGUGUAGAAAAACUGAACAAGACCAUUGGUAAUGACAGAGUUAUGUUGCAAUACCUAAUGCCAUUGAACGAAGUAAUUCUUGAUUUUCACGAUUCCUUAAAGAGCAUAAGUUCUGGUUAUGCUAGUUUUGAUUACGAAGAUAGUGACUAUCAAGUCUCCGAUAUAGUGAAGUUGAAUAUUCUAUUAAAUGGAAAAGUGGUAGAAGAAUUAUGUACAAUUGUACAUAGAACAAAAGCAUCUAAUGUAGGCAAAAACUUGUGUGUCAAGCUUCUCGACACCAUUCCUCGACAACUUUUUGAAAUAGUAAUCCAAGCAGCAGUAGGGACUAAAGUGAUUGCGAGAGAAACUUUGAAGCCCUACAGAAAAGACGUAACGGCAAAAUUAUAUGGUGGAGAUGUUACUAGAAGAAAGAAAUUGUUGGCGCAGCAAGCGGAUGGAAAAAAGAAGAUGAAGAUGAUAGGAAAAAUUUCAUUACCGCGAGAAACUUUUAUAAAUGUAUUGAAAAAAUAACAGUGAUUUUGUAUGUAAUGUAAAUUAAUAUUAUAAAGCAAUAAUAUGAAAAUAUAUUAAAGUGUUUUAUACAAGA